UGCACUUUCUCAUUUGAUCAAAGGCUCAAAAUGAGGCUGUGUGUAUCUUUGGUUUUCUUCUGUGUGAUGCUGCCUGCAGUGUCUGGGUUAAGGUGUUACACCUGCUGGGGUGACCACCCCGGCACCUGCAAUCAGGUAUGGAUGUGUCCUAAAGGUUAUGACCGCUGUGCUUCCACAAUAGUUGCUCAAAACCUGGUCAGCAAACACUGUAUGAGGAGUGAUAUUUGCAGUAAUGUCUAUUCUGUGGGUGUCAGAUGCUGUGCUGAAGACCUGUGUAAUGGAGCAAAACACACUGGAGUCUUUGUCCCCCUCCUUCUGGUGCCCUUAGCCAUUAUUACACUCUUCAUUUGAAGCUCAAUGUCCUAAUCUUUCUCACCAUCAUGCUGUAAAAGUCUAAACCAGUGUUUUCAGAAGAAGAUCAGCAUUCAAAGUGGAAACAUUGAUAAUCAAAUGGCUUUGGAGGCAGCAGUGAUCUUUGAAAUAUAUUUGGAGCCCUUCCAGGAAGCCUUUGAAAUCAAAACUCUUGGUUGACCUUUGAGAAGAAUUUACUUUUUGCACUGUGUAUCGUGUAUACACUGUGUAUAUGUUGUAUAGUAUAACUUUAUUCACCUACAUACUGAAUAGAUGCUGUAUAUUUUUUGAAAUAUUUGUAUAUAUAUAUAUCAU